AUGACCGAGCCGUCAACACACCGCAACAGGCUCCCGAUCGUCUUGCUCGAGUUUAGCGACGGUAGGAGCGAAAAUAUUACCAUAGAAUUCGGUGAAAGAGGCGAGCCCGAUGAUCUGCUGAUCAGUACGACAGACCGUCCCGUUUCGGAGUCGUUGUUGGCUCCAGAGCUUGGAGAGAACUCUGAAACCACCGAGCCAAGCGCCGAAACAAGGCCAAAUCAUGACGCCACGGCGGACACACCACAGAAUACCAGCCAGAAUGAGCAAACGAAUAAUGAAACUGCAUCAACAGCUGCGGACUCUUUGAAUCCAGCCGAGGGAGUUUCCAUCGGCGCUUCCACCGCCAGAAUGUUGGAGCGUCUCAUGAGAUCCGAUAUCGGCAACACAAGCGAGAGUCCCAACUCGCCCUCUCCCGGUACUGAUUCUAACGCCACAAGUGCCUCAAGAACAGAUAAUGCCUCGCGAAACAUCAUUCUUACAGUCAACUACGUGUACUCGGCGGCUGCAGCGGCGACUGCUACAGCAACAUCCAUGCCAUCCACGGAGCCUGGAACUAACCGGUCGGGUUCUCUGGUUUUGCACGUGCCCAAUAUCCCUACUGAUCAUGAUGAGGAGAGCAUCCAGGUGUUGAUACGACUAGCUACCUCGAUCGCCUUCCGCACCAUUGCCUCGGCACUCAAACGCCAUGCCGGGGUUUCCACCGAGACAUUUGAGUCGUUUCCGGUCAAGAAGUUGACGUCUUUGACUGAGACAACCUGUCCAAUCUGCUACGAUGAGUUUGUAGAGGCUGAUGUGACAUCGAAUAAACGCAAACGAGCUCAUGAAGACGACGAAGACGAGGACGAGGGCGAGUCGCAUCCGCGGAAAUCGAGAACACGUGCUAACGGGUCUGUCCGCUCGAAUCCUACGGCAUUCCAUCCAGCAUCUUCUCCUACGGCUAAACCUGUGGAUCUAUACACCCAUUCUGCUGUGGAAAUGCCUUGCCACCACGUCUUUGGCCGCUCAUGUCUCUUCGAAUGGCUACGUACCAACGACACCUGCCCUCUGUGUCGUGAUCGGGUUGCCACGCAUUCCGGUGAUUCGCAGUCUGCUCUGACGGCCAAUGUCACCACUCUCAGUUUGCCUAAUCUGGCUUCGGUGGUACGCGAAAACCAAAAUCUGAUCUCCAGCUUUUCCAACCGGCCCAUGAACUUCCUGGUUCCCCGGCCCGAAGAAGGCACUAUACCCGGGCCUACUGCCACCAGAAAUGCGGAGGCUUUGCCUGCAGUUGGGGGUGGUGGGCUCCUUACCGGUGCGUUUGCAGGACUCGGUCUGAUGAGACGGUUUGUUGAGUCUAUACGAGCCGCUAAUGCUGGAAAUGCCGAGGGAACUCGCGACGGAAUGCGCAACAUGAUGGCCAUCUUUGCCACAAGCUCGACGGCAGACUCGGCUAAUGCUACCAAUGAAACGGGACAAACAGCCCGACCAGAGACUCAAUCAGAGAACCAACCAGAGACCCAACCAGAGACCCAAUCAGAGACUAAUACGAACGCUGAAUCGGCAAGGAGACAGUCCAGGAGGGAAGUUCUGUCCAGAUUGCUGGCUGAACGCACAAAUGCUGCUGAAUCUCCCCAGGAACUAUUCUCAGUAGGAGUUGCCAGUCGCAGGACCGACGAUGGCGUGGUGACCGUUCCCGUCAACCCAAGAACCAAUAAUCACGAUAUCCUAGACGAUUCCAUGAUUAGCGAAUGGCUCUACGACACGCCGCAUGCGAGGUCUGGCAGGAGAAGGAGAGACCGCCGGAGUUGA